CCAAGCCAAAGGUCAUCUCUCAGUUAGAGCAAGCAGAAGACUUCCAGAUGGUGGAAAGUGAAAUACUUCAAGGUGUAUACCUCAGAUGGAAGAGCUUGUUUGAACCCAUAGUUUCCAAAGAAGAAAAUAAGGAAGUCUUGAAAAAACAGAGAGUGGAUGGCUUGUUUGACUUCAUUUUGGGAAAAACGUGUGUGAAUAAGGAACAGUUAGUGGAGCAACCAGGCAAUAAGAAAAAACCUUUCAGCAAAAUGCUGCUUUCUGUUAGAAGAGAAUAUAUACAAGAGAGGGGCUUUCCAGGGAUCGAACUUGUGAGAAAUCCUGGUAUAAAGCCUCCAUUUCCUAGGAAACCUGGAGUUGUCUCCAGGGGAAGAAAGCCCCACCCCCACCAGUACUCAGUUCUAUUCAAACAACUGGGAUUCAACACAGUGCGCAAGUUUUAUAAAUGUAACAUCUGUGGAAAAGUCUUUCUCCACAGUUCUUCCCUGAGCAAACAUCAGAGGAUUCAUACUGGAGAGAAGCUCUACAAAUGUAAGGAAUGUUGGAAGGCUUUCAGCCAAAGCUCGUCCCUGACACAGCACCUGAGAGUCCAUACUGGAGAAAAGCCAUACAUCUGUAGUGAAUGUGGGAAGGCCUUCAGCUUCACCACCUCUCUCAUCGGGCAUCAGAGGAUGCACACUGGAGAGAGACCCUAUAAAUGUAAGGAAUGUGGCAAGACCUUCAAAGGCAGCUCAUCCCUUAAUAAUCACCAACGGAUCCACACUGGAGAAAAGCCUUACAAGUGUAACGAGUGUGGGAGAGCCUUUAGCCAGUGCUCAUCUCUCAUUCAGCAUCAUAGAAUUCACACUGGGGAGAAACCAUACGAAUGUAGCCAGUGUGGGAAAGCCUUUACAUCAAUAUCACGGCUGAGCAGACACCACCGCAUUCAUACCGGAGAGAAGCCCUUUCACUGUAACAUGUGUGGCAAAGUGUUCAGUUACUACUCAGCCUUGAUUAUACAUCAGCGGAUUCACACUGGAGAGAAGCCAUACGCAUGCAAGGAAUGUGGCAAGACCUUCAGCCAAAGCUCAGCGCUUAUCCAACAUCAGAGAAUCCACACUGGAGAAAAGCCAUACAAGUGCGACGAAUGCGGGAAGGCCUUUUCCUGGAUCUCACGGCUUAACAUCCACCACAGAAUCCACACAGGAGAGAAACCUUAUCACUGUAAAGAAUGUGGGAAAGCUUUUAGUUCCCACUCUGCAGUCAAUACUCAUAGAAAAAUCCACACUGGUGAGAAACCUUAUAAAUGCAAUGACUGUGAAAAAGCCUUCAACCAAAGCUCAGCCCUUAUUCAGCAUCAGAGAAUUCACACUGGAGAGAAACCGUUUAACUGUAAAGUUUGUGGGAAAGCCUUCAGACAGAGUUCGUCACUUAUGACACAUACGAGGAUUCAUACAGGAGAAAGGCCUUAUAAAUGCAAAGCAUGCGGGAAAGCAUUCAGUCAGAGCUCAUCUCUUGCCAACCACCAGAAGACACAUUAUUGAGAAAAACCAUAUAAGUAAAAUGCAUGUGGUAAAUCUGCCUUGAGACAUUCCAUAAUGACUGUAACAGAAUUCAUCUGGAGAGUGAUGUGUGGUAGUUAGUUGGGGGUGAGCAUGAAGUUAGAUUUCAGCAAACAUCAGGCAUCAGACAUUUAUACAGUAUAAACCUGUGAGUGUUUGGAAAACAUAAAUACAAACUUUUCCACAUGUUCUGAAGUUUUACUGGCACAGCGGAGUUGACACUGAGAUUCAAGGAUUAAUAUUUUCUUUCUAGUGAUGCAGACUUAAUAGCCACCAGCUUUUUUUAAACAUCACUGGGGACCUGCUGAUUUAGGUAAAAGUGCAUACUUCAGUCCAGUCUAGGAUCUACGUUGGACAGUGCCUUUGAAUGUGAAUGCAAAAUAGCUGAAUUUAAAAAAAAUGAGAAAAGAAGUCUACAUAGGUAACUCACAGCUGCCUCAUGGUCACUAAAGUUUGCUUUUUAAUACUCUGGCAACAAGUUCUUGUUGAUUGUUAAAAAUUUUGGUUCAUUUUUCCUUUCUCUAUUGCUGGAUUUUCUUGGUCCUGCCAGCAACAUGAAGACUUCCAGCAUAAUUUAAAGCUUAGGCCUUUUGUGAGGCAGUCUCCCAGCUGCAGUUUAAACUUAACCCAAUUAUACUAGCUUGAGAACAGCCACAGCGCUAGUUAUUUACCCCCCCAUCUCUCUCCAGUCUCUGUCCACUUCCGAAUCCCUCCCUUCUUGCCUCACCUGUGUUACUCUCGCUGUCGGGAAGGUCUGCCGUCAUGCUUCAUGCCCCAGCUCUUGGCCAAUACAUCUUUAUCACAACCAAUCCACCUCAUGACAACCCCGAUACAUCUCUUAGGUUGCUUUAGACUGGUGAAGAAGGGUGAACAUUUACAACGUAGAAAAUCCAGUGAUGGGCAUAAAAAUGACAAUACCAAAAUCCUACCAGCACUUAGUUGUCUGCCUGUACAGAACUGACAAUUAAAAAUACAGAGACAAACUUUAAGACAAUUUGAGGAAGGUCAGCCCAACAGUCUCACUAAGCUGAGAAGAAAAGCACCCUGAGUAUGUAGGUGUAUUAUUCCUCGAAUUCUCUUCCCACAA